AUGAAGCUAGGCCCUGGUGGAGCGAAGAAGGUGAAAAGGGACAAGGACUUGAUAAGUCAACUGCCAGACGAUAUUCUGAUUUCAAUUAUCUCGUGUUUGUCUACAACGGAUGCUGUGCGUACGAGCCUCUUGUCGCGAAGAUGGAGGAAUCUUUAUAGAUUUCUGCCAUUAGAAAUCAAAUUGGACUGUUACUACCUUUUAAAGCAUGCGGAUUUCGGUAUUAAGACGAGCAUUUCCUCGCAGAGGUGGAGGAGUGUUCACGGAUUUCUGUCUCGCAUCGAGUCGCUCUGCGGCAACUUUCUAGCCGAAAAUAGCCUCCACAACCCUAAAUUAAUCAUUAAUUCAGUGGAUGAAUUUCUGAAGCUUCGUUCCGGUUCCAAGAUUCAUUCUUUUCGUUUACAUUGUUGUUUAGAUGGAUCGGUCAACGACCGAUUCGAGCAUUGCAUUUCUUCUCUAGGAAGAUUGGGCGUCGAAGAACUCUGUCUGACGUGUUGUUGUUCAUAUUCGGAUACCAGUGAUCUUUCUUUUUCGUGUCACCUUUUUUCCGAAAUGCCCUCGUUGAAAUAUCUGAGAUUGUCCAAGUGCUCGCUGCAGCCAAGCUCGAGAAUCCAAUAUAAUUCCCUCCAAACCCUCGUGCUUAUGUUUGUUGAAGUUUCUCGUGGUGCGAUAGAGUGCAUUUUGUCGAAUUGUUUGAAGCUCCAAUCACUGUCAAUUAAUUGUUGCAAAUGUCCUCAUAAGUUAAGUGUACGCGGUCCCCAUCUAGAAUUGAAGAGACUCUAUAUCGAUGGUUGUCAAGGCGUAGGGGAAAUAGAGUUAUAUGCCAGUAAUCUCAUUCUGUUUCAGUUUGAUGCUCGUAAAAUGGUUAACCUUAGAUUUGAUCAUGUUCCGCAGCUGCAAAGUAUGAUUCUUUAUGUCGUGGAAAAUAUUGUUCCUUAUGUUUUUGGGAGACUCCCGAUCGACGUGCCGCACCUGAAAUCAAUGCAUUUUGUUACUGCGGGGGAUAGUUUACAGGUGAGCAACGGACACACGGGAAUCGACACGUUGAGCAACCUUAGGCGAUUGGAUGUCAACAUGAAUCUAUCAAAAAUGAAUCUUCUUUCGCUGGUUUUAAUCUUGCGACGUUGUCCCCUCCUACAGGAGUUUGGCUUGAAUACAAAUGGUAUGGGUAAUGAACCAGAGGUGGAAGAGCAGCCCAUAGUAUUUCAUUCGGAGCUAAAGAAAAUGGAAAUCGGCGGAUUUAAUGGGACGAAAAACGAGAUGGAGUUUGCCUUGUACAUCCUCAAAAGUGCAAUCAACUUGGUGGAAAUGCACAUAAGUAGAUGUUGUAAGGUAUACCUGAAAUCACGCGAGGGACCUGGCACGUGGAUCUCGAUACAACGAAUUCCGUGGAGUAAGAACAAGUAUAAAACGAUUCACGAACGAUUACAAGGACAAGCUGUUUCCAAGACCGCACAAGUCAUUAUUCAAUAA